AUGCGCUGAGCUGCGUAGAAGGUUCCGGGAUUAUCCGACUAGUCAGCGUGAUGCUGCGAGUUUUACAGAGUAUUUACACCAGCUUUACUGUCAGCUUUCUACAACAGACUGCUCUUCUCAGCCAGCGCACCAUGGGCAGCUUAAACCACGAAAACCGCUCCAUUCAUUCUGACAAUGUUGAAGAAGUUCAUAACAUCCCCAUGGAUGUGAUCAUUCGACCCAUUCCCUCAGUGUUAGACGAGCAGAAGGUUCAGAGCCUCAUGGAUACAGUGAAGGAGACAUCUGAUAUCAGAAUUGUCCCUCCCAUAGACGUGUUAUGGAUAACGGGAGAAAAAGGAGGUAACUAUUUCUACUCAUUUGGAGGAUGCCAUAGAUUUGCUGCGUACCAGAGACUACAGAUGAAAUCCAUCCCAGCCAAGAUUAUCAAAUCAAACAUUUCAGACUUGCGCACCUACUUGGGAGCUUCGACACCUAACCUACAGUGACAUGAAGGAGAACUAUGACCUUAUGGUUCAUCUGGACUACAGUUACACUAUGAUUGUGUCCAUCUGCAGCUGCAUUAGAAUGGAGGAAACACUUAUUGUUUGUGUACGAUGCUAAUGUAUCUUCUGUCAAACGUCAACUGGCCAAAACUCUGAUUGUGCACCCUUUAUUUAAAAAAAUGUAAAUAUAACUUUAUUUUUUCAUUAAGUUUAUUAUGAUACAUUACAUAUAUUAUGAAAAAUAUUUUGAAUAUAUGAACAGUUAGAUGGGAAAUUUGAAUCAAAAUCUUAAUCGCAUGGCACUUACCAUUGUAACAGGACUGAUAUUCACCACAAGAUGGCAGUGUUGUACUGUUUAUACUUUAUGUCAGACAUACUAUCUGGGGACCCUUACCCAUACCAGCAAUAACAUUUUGUAUAUAUAGUAUCAAUUAUGUUUGCUAUAUAAGUAAAACUUAAGAGCUAAAUGAAAUAAAUAAAUACAAAAUAAUUCACAAAA